UCCGCGCUCUCCAUUGGCCGAGGCGGCGCGGAGGGUGUGUUCUGACGGUGUUGUGGGCGAGACCUCGUCGCCCAUUGGCUGUUGGGGACGCGAGAACCCGGCGCGCGCGUCCGCCUUCGCGCACAGCGGCGGCGAGCGGAACAUGGCGACGGCGCGGCCCGCGCUGCUCCGACUUUUGCUGCUGCUGCUCCUGCUCCUCCAUUGCGCGGCGGGGCUCUCGGAGAGUGUGCAGGCCGAUUCGGGGCCCUGGGCCCUCGGAGCGGUGGACGGCAGGCCGCGCUUCGUUGGCGUGCGGCUGGAGGAUAAGGGCCAGGGCGCCUACGUGCAGGACGGCAUCAUCAAGGUGCAGGAGCGGAGCCGCGCGCGGCUGCGUCUCUUCGUCUACCGCAACGGCAGCGGCGACGGCGACGGGGGAGUCGGCGGCGGUGGGGAGCCGUGGCCGCCGCCCGCAGAAUGGCUGGCCUUCGCCGACGCCGAGCAGGUGCAGCAAGGCCCAGGGCCCGAGGCAUGUCCUCGCAGCUCGGACAUCACGUACGUGGGCUAUCUCGCGCGCAACGAGUACUCGGUGGUGGUCGAGGUGGACGUGAAAUCUCUGCGCAAGAGCGAGACGGAGCGAUUGUUCUACCUAUGCACGAAGGGCAUCGCCGGCCCCGCGGGGCUGGAGACGGGAGACAACUGGGUGGCGCACAUGGGAAACGACAGCCGAAUCGCCAUGGUGGAGGAGAGGACGUCCAUGCUGCCGCGCUGGCUGCAGAUCCUGUUCAUCGCCGUCCUGCUCUGCCUCUCGGGGAUGUUCAGCGGCCUCAACCUGGGCCUCAUGGCGCUCGAUCCGAUGGAGCUGCGCAUCGUGCAGAACUGCGGCACGGCCAAGGAGAAGGCUUACGCCAAGAAGAUCGAACCCAUCCGCCGUCAGGGAAACUACCUGCUCUGCUCGCUGCUUCUGGGCAACGUGCUGGUGAACACGACGCUCACCAUCCUCCUGGACGACCUCAUCGGCUCCGGGGUGGUGGCCGUCAUCGCGUCCACCGUGGGCAUCGUCAUCUUCGGCGAGAUCGUGCCGCAGGCGCUGUGCUCCCGCCACGGCCUGGCCGUGGGCGCCAACACCAUCGUGCUCACCAAGCUCUUCAUGAUCCUCACCUUCCCCGCGUCCUUCCCCAUCAGCAAGCUGCUGGACGUGGUGCUGGGCCAGGAGAUCGGCACCGUCUACAACCGCGAGAAGCUCCUGGAGAUGCUGAGAGUCACGGACCCCUACAACGACCUGGUGAAGGAGGAGCUGAACAUCAUCCAGGGCGCCCUGGAGCUGCGCGUCAAGACCGUGGAAGACGUGAUGACGCCGCUCAAGGACUGCUUCAUGCUGAGCGCCGACGCCGUGCUCGACUUCGGCACCAUGUCCGAGAUCAUGCAGAGCGGCUACACGCGCAUCCCCGUGUACGAGGACGAGCUGAGCAACGUGGUGGACCUGCUCUUCGUCAAGGACCUCGCUUUCGUCGACCCCGACGACUGCACCCCGCUCAAGACCAUCACCAAGUUCUACAACCACCCGCUGCAUUUCGUCUUCAACGACACCAAGCUGGACGCCAUGCUCGAGGAGUUCAAGAAAGGUAAGUCUCACCUGGCCAUCGUCCAACGAGUGAAUAAUGAGGGGGAGGGUGACCCCUUCUACGAGGUGCUGGGCAUUGUUACCUUGGAGGACGUUAUCGAGGAGAUCAUCAAAUCCGAAAUCCUGGAUGAAACCGACAUGUACACUGACAACAAGUCCAAGAAGAAGGUUCUGCACAGAGAGCGCAAACAGGACUACUCUGCGUUCAAACCGUCGGAAAGCCAAACGAAGAUUAAGAUUUCUCCUCAGCUGCUGCUCGCCACGCACCGCUUCCUUGCUGCAGAGCUUGAGCCUUUCAAGCCGGUGCAGGUAUCGGAGAAAAUCCUCCUGCGGCUUCUCAAGCAUCCGAACGUGUUUCAGGAGAUCAAGUUUGACGAGAAGAACCGCAAGGCUCCAGAACACUACCUCUAUCAGCACAACAAGCCAGUCGACUACUUCAUUCUGGUGCUGCAGGGCAAAGUGGAGGUGGAGGUCGGCAAGGAAGGAAUGAAGUUCGAGAGCGGGGCCUUCUCAUAUUUUGGGAUCCCCAUCCUCACCUCAUCCCCGCCAACAGUGCCCUACUCGCUCUCCCGAACCCUGGUCCUCAGCCGGGCCGAGUCGCUUGCCGGCUCCCCAGUAGUGGAACAAUGUGGAGUGAAUCCAUCGCCAUCGCACAGCUUGGCCCUGAACCGCUCGGACUCCCUGAACCGCACAGAGCCGACGGGCGGCAGCAACAACCAGCUCAACAUCCCGCUGCUGCAGCCCUACGUGCCCGACUAUUGUGUGCAUGCCGUCACCGACCUGCAGUACGUGAAGAUCACACGGCAGCAGUACUGGAAUGCGAUGGCGGCCUCCAAGCUGGACAGCUCUCCCCACUCCCCGGACACGGCGGACGGUAGCCCGCCAACGUCCGCGCGCGAGCUGUCCAACUCUGUGCACAACGAGACGGCCCACCUGCUCAACGAGCACAACUGUGUGGCGCAAGGUAAACAGGCCAGCCCGGAUGGCCACACUGAUGUGUUGAUCGCCAUUCCUGAAGAGUUCAACAGAAAGGACGGAGUCGGCAGAGGGGCCGCUGAGAGUGGCGGCGGCGGCGGUCGGGCUGGUAGUGUGGUGCGGAGUGGAGGCCGGGCCGGGGCAGUGGCGGACGCAGAAAAGUCUCCCUUGGACGAGGACGGCCACGAGUCGAUGGGGAAGAAGCUGAUGCGCCAUCUGAGUGGCAGGAGGAGUAAGAAGAGCCGCGAGCGGGAGGAUUGGCUGCAAUCCGAGGCGUUUUAGGCUGCCGCCCGUCACCACUCGCCCGCUCCCAGAGCGGACCCGAGUGUGGCACGUCGCUCGGCAUGGUCACUUCUACAGAGGCCGCUCCGCUGCAUGGGAGUCAUCACAGCAGAGGGAGAGCAUCUGUAUGCAGCGGGGAAACUCAGUGGUGCCACCCUCUGAUUAAGGGGCAUUGCGAAUAAUCACUCGCUUAUUGAGAAUUGUUGAUAAUUCUCAUUCUGAUUGGAAAUGUAAAGAACCGACAAGUGUACACGUACAGACGCACACUCUGACACACAGUGGCACAUUACCACGCACACAGUCAACCACGUCUAAACUGGUGUCAGUGCAGCUUCAGUGGGUGAUGGUUGCUGUAGCUGGCUCUUGGUAGCUAUAAUUGUUGGUUGCUAUGUGUAUCCUGCAUUACUGCACAAGAUUGACGUAACAAGGCUGGCCUACAUAAUUGUAUAUGCUUCAGCUCUUGGGGUCAAAUAAAAAUAAAUGAAUGUAAAAUCAUUGGCAGAGUGCAUGUGUACAAAACAGAAUUCCCUUUAAUGCAAGCAGCCACCCGCACGCUCCUAGAUUUGGGAAAAAAUGAGAGAACAAGAGAUAGUGAGGUUUUAUCGGCCUCGGUGAACUUUGUGUGUGUGUGUGUGUGUAGCUAUACACGCGCACACACAGUAGCACACGCAGUGCAUUUACUGCUGGUGUACAUAUAGGAUAUAUUCUUUACCUUAACGUAGUACGUUUGUGUAUAUAAUGCAUGUGUGCACAUAUACACUUAGCGCGUGUAUGUGUGGGGAGGUCAAAUGACGCACACAACGGCAAUAUUGUGGACGUUCGCCAUUUGAGGAAUUUUUGGUUUUUAUCACCGGUGGCCGCAAGGGCUGAGGGGUGUGGGUGUUGUGGGGGCUGUGGCGGGGGGGAAGGACGGACAUGUCGGUGCCACGCUGCCCUCGGCUUGCCAAAUGUUUUGCCUUUUUAAAAAAAAUUAUCGCUCCACGCUGUAGAAAUCUUCAACCAAAAUUAUUACAUUUGUCACCCAUGUUGUUUUUAAAACGUUUAAGCGGAUGCUGCGAGUGAGUUUGUCAGGUUCCUGGUGAACGCGCUCGCCGGAGACCUCCGGGAGCGCGGCAGUUUGUGUGCGGCGUGGAGCUCUGCGCGUCUAGAGGAUGGUGAACCCUGAAACCCGGUGCAUUGCCUGGACCGGUCUCGACGUUUCCGAGUGGAGCCCAGCGGGGAUGCCGGAUCACGGCCACGCCUGCCGCGUGUUGCUGGGAGUGUUCGCUCGUCGUCACCGAGACUGUCGACGGGGCUUUGCCCACCCCCUGCGAGAUCCCUGGGAGUCGGCUGGGGUUGGCGGGGGGGUCUAGGCACGCGCAGGGCUCCACUUUUUGUGCGUGUUUGUUUUGGGGCUUGGCAUUGCCAGCCUCGGGUUUUUGUGCCACGGCAAAGGCAGCUGGUGUGUGAUGUAAAACCGCAGAAAACGCGACCCGGCAGCCUGGGCCGGGCGGUCGAGAGUUGCUACCAUGUGCAGCUAAGCACACAAGGCCGGACCGUCAUGGUGCUAGACUUUGACAUGUCCUUAUACCCAGUCCAAACGCCUUAAUUGUGUUUGACUUUGCAAAUCGCAAUACACGUGUGUGUAUAUGUGCACUGUAUGUGUACUUAUGCAUGUGCAUGUGUUUUGCAUGUUGCACAUGGAAUCAUUCUCUUGAUGGCACAUUGCCAUUGAUCAUACGGGCCCUGUGCAGGAGACAGUGCCGCAGAUUUAUAUUCGUAACCCUUAUUUAAGGAUCAAUAUUUAAAAACGUUGCGGUCUUUUGCAAUCUUGUACUUCAGUCUAUUUGGGAAAUGUGCGCAGCCUUCGGAUAUCCGGCUGGUCCGACUGAACGUCGUGUGGGCCGAUGCCAGGGACCUGUCUGUGUGAUAAUCCACCAAGGCCGACCGCAGUCGACUCAGGAACCCCCCUCUCCAUUCUCGCAUCCCUGCUCGCGGACUCGGCCCCACGCCCCAUACCACAGGGCUCCUAUGGGAACAGAUUGGCAAGUGCGGGUCCGCUCCAGAAAUAUGAUCGUGUGACGACGCUGCUUCACGGGAGCCUUAAAUAGUGUUCUGUCGUGUAUAGGAGGCCCUUUAAACGUAACGUGGCAUUGUCACAGUUGGGUCGCUGUCUAAACACAAGUGUUAUAUUGUGGGGUAUCUCAGCGCAGCAAGACUGUGUACAGUGUUAUCUUGUGUCUGGAGUGCCAUGAAGUAUUAUGUCAUGUGUGUCCGGAUUCCUACACACAACACGGCGGUGUCACGCGUCUGGGGUCCACCUCACGGUGCUGCGGAGUCUUUGAUGGCAAAUCCACCACCACCGAGUGAUGUUAUGACGAUUUAUUUACGCAUCUUUGUCAAACCACCAACUUUCCGUGGUGAUCGUGGGGAGGGGGGGGUUGUUUCAUUAGAAUUCACCAUGAUGGCCAUUGCGAGUUGGUGAAGUGAUGGGGCGCCCGAGACCGGUUCAGAUAUCACUCGCCACCUGGUGUGAGUCAUGGCUGGCAAUUCAACUCGGGUCACCAGAUUCAGUGCAGUGGUGUGAACCAGUGCUGCAUUGUGCCACGUGUGAUGUAUGGGUCAACGGACGUGAUGCCAUGCUGUUUUUGUGUCAAGCUCAUCUCAAGGGAAUAAAGAGUAACAUCUGAAGCA